AUAUUUGUCUAUGUGACUCUGUACAAAAAGCCUGCAGGGAUAAGCACCCCUAUCUUGUCACUCAUAACUCAGACCAAUACAAAGUGCACAAGAAUAUCUGCGUACAAAACGAGAACAACAACAGUUCAUUGCACUCGUAAGGCGGCACUGACGGAUCAAUCAUGGGCGCUUCUUCGUCUCGUGGCCGAUCAAACCAGGGGCAAGGCCACAAGUAUGAUGGCAAGUGGGAAGAGCUUACCCUGCCUUCUCCGGCCGCGCAAGCAACCUUCAAGUGGAGGAUCGACGGCUUCUCCUCACUUCUUGACAAGGACGAAGGGUGGACAUACUCCAGGGUGUUUGAGAUCAUGGGGCUUAGCUGGUACCUGAAACUGAAUCCAAGGGACAGAAACAACGGCGGCAUGAAAGAAUAUGUUUCUCUGAUGCUUGAGCUGUCCCGGACAUCUGUGAGAUCCGACGCAGUCAUCGAGGCAUCUUUCAGGUUCUUGAUAUAUGACCAGUCAUAUGGGAAGCACCAUGAAAAUCAAGUGAGCCACAGUUUCCAGACUGCAAGCACAAGCUCUGGUACUUCAUGCAUUGUUCCCCUCAGGACAAUGAAGAAACGGUCCUCUGGAUUCCUCGUCAACGACAGCUGUGUUUUCGGUGUCGAGUUCAUCAAAGUUGUCAGUGCUAAGGUUAAUUUUAAGUCAGAGACGUUGUUUAUACAGAAGAUGAACAAUAUCUUCAGUGACCCUGCAGUAUACACCUGGGACAUUGAGGAUUUCUUUACAUUGAAGAACCCAAGCUACUCUCCAGCAUUUGAAAUCGGCGGGCACAAAUGCUUCAUCGGUAUCUAUCCAUCUGGAUUAGAUAACGGUAGGAACUAUCUCUGCUUGUACCUGAAAAUUACAAGGAUGGAUAUGCUUGAUCAAAACUCUGCAGACCUGGUAGAAGUAAACUUAUCCAUCAAAGACCAGGAAACUGGCAAGCAUCGGAAACUCACAGGCCGGUGCCAAUUCUCAAAGAAAUCUACCUGCUGGGGAUGGAGCAAGUUCAUGUCGCUCGAGGAUUUCAAGGACACGUCAAAGGGUUAUCUCGUGAAAACAAAAUGCUGCAUUGAAGCUCAGGUUGCGAUCGUUGGUUCCUCCAAGAUGGAUUAGACAAUAGAGUACUCUGCGUGCGCAGUGUCUGUGUGUCACUAUUUUGGCUCAACUGCAAUAAUGCCGCUAUGGCUUUGUCUGUUUGCUUGUUUGGUUGCUUGAAGGUACUUAAGUUCAAAUGACAAAUAAAGAUUAUACCAUGAGAAUGUGUAACAUCCCAA